AUGGCCGCUCUGGAGGCAGUAGUGGAGGUGCACCGCAGGAUCUCUUCCCCUGCGCUGCCUGCCUUGCGCGACAUGGCGCAUGACGAGGAGACCGGCCAGGUGCACCUCGUGUUUGACUACGGCGGCGAGCCCAUGACCAAGGCCAUUGCUGACAGCUUGAUGCAGUCCGAGGGCGCCCCCAGCACGUCUGAUCUGGCGGCCCACACGACGGCGACGCUGCUCACGGCGCUGCGGCUGCUGCAUGCGUCUGGCCGCUCGUACAACAAACUGAAGCCAGGACAGCUGUUGUGGGAUGCAUCGCGCGCGGCGAAGGACUUCCCUGUGAAGCUUGUUGACUUUGGAGCCGCGACUAAGCUCGGCUCUGGCGAAUUCCGGGGCUGCUGCUUCACCUUCGCUCCGCCCGAGACCCAUGCCAUCCUGGCCGGCGGCAUUAGCCUCGACGACGUCACCAGCGCCGCCAUCGGCAUCCCCUCCACCUUCGGCCCCGCUUACGACGUCUGGGGCGCGGUACUCACCAUCGCCACCAUUGCGCUCGGCGACAACAACCCCUUCGAGGCGCCGCGGUGGGCCAUCAACGAGCAACCAGACCCUUACGCCCGCAUCCCAGGCUGCCCCUGGGAGCCCCAGGACGCCGCGACAGUGCUGCACAAGCCAACCAUAUACGAGGAGCAGCCCCUGUGGUACUGGCUGGAUCGCGACCUGAAAACUUUUAUCCGCCGCGGCCUUCACCCCAACCCUGAGGAGCGGCCGACCAUUGAGCAGCUUAUGGAGACUCAGUGGGGCCGCCGCUGCAUGGCCAUGGUGCGGCCGGACGGCGGUGGCGACGGCGAGGCCGGUGCUUGGGGGGAUGACGAGGCGUUGCAGACUGUGCUGUCCUGCGAGCAGGCACCUGCAUCUCUGCUGCUGGUGGUGCACAGUGAGCCGGAGGCUGAGGGGGGCGCCGCGGCGGCCAGCGCUGUCGCUGCCCCCGCCGCGGCCGCUGCGCCCGUCGUGGCCAAGGGGGCGCAGCAGCCUGGUACAAGGAUGCAGAGUAGCAGCAACGACGCCCAGGCGCAUGUGCCGCAGCUGCGUGAAGAAGGGCGUUUGCUGGAGGAGCCAGCUGAAGACGUCCGUGCUCUCGCAAGCGGUGGUGAGCCCGGCGGGGGCAGCAGCAGCGACGCCAGCAUCCUGCUGCUGGCCGCCGAGCUGGCCGCCGCACAGCACGAGCGCGACCGCGCGAGGCAGCGCUUGGACGACGAGCGGCGCGAGAGCCAGGCGCGCCGGGAGCGCCUGGGCGAGAUGAUGGCCGAGAUGGGGCUGCAGAUCAGCGCCCUGGCGGAGCUGGUGGUCGGGCUGCAGGCGGCCCGCGCGGCGGCCGGCGGAAUGCAGCCGCUGUCGCGCGUGCAAACAAGCGACGGGUGCAGCAGUGGCGAGGGGUGCAGUGUUGACACCCCGUCGUACGUCGCUGCCGACGCCGCGGGCCGGCCGUGUUUCAGCAGCGGCGGAAGCAGCCGGCUCAGCCUGGGGAGCAGCAGCUGUGACAGCUGCGCUUCAGAUGCCGAUGAUGGCAAUGGCGUGAGCAGCAGUGAGGGCGUCGGUGCACACGUGCUUAAGGACAUGUGGAAUGAUAUGACGGCGGCAGGCUGGGCCUUCGCGGGCUGGUUUGAGCGGGCCCUGGCGCUGCCUUCAAGCAAGAAGCAGAGCUGCACCGGUGCUGCCGCCGCGCUGGCUGCCGCCACUCCCGGAGGGCCAGCCUCCCGGUCGAGGCGGUUCCGUGGCAGGCGCUCGGUAAUAGCGUUGGUCUGA